AAAAUGUUUCACCAAGGGAAUAACAGCCUUUCAGAUGAAUACUCAUUAAUAUUCCCUGCUUUGAGGUGGAGAGAACACUAAUAUUCUGAAGGAGCCUGUGUGCUUAGGAGGGUGUGAGCACAUCUUUUGUAGUGAUUGUGUAAGUGACUGCAUUGGAACCAGAUGUCCAGUAUGUUCCACCCCAGCCUGGAUCCUGGAUGUCAAGAUAAACAGACAACUGGACAGCAUGAUUCAGCUUUGUAGUAAGCUUCGAAAUUUGCUAUACAACAAUUUGAAAGAAGAUGCAUCUAGGACAAGUUUAUUUAAUGAUGCAGAAAACAAGAAGAAUUCAAUAAAAAUGUGGUUUAGUCCUCGAAGUAAGAGGGUCAGGUAUGUUGUGAGGAAAGUUUCAGUGCAGACCAAACCUCAGAAGACAAAAGAUGAAAAUGCUCAGCAAGCCUCAAUGUAUGAAUUUGUUUCUUCAACUCCUCCUAUGGUUGUUCCUAAGAGUGCUAAAAAAGCUUCUACAACAUCUGCAAAAAAGCCAAAAAAGAAAACUUUAGCUGAAAUCAACCAAGAAUGGACUUUAAACGCAGAGAAGGAAUCUGAUGAACUUGAUCUCAAAGACGAAUUUAAGGAAAAGCAGGUAUCCUUCUGUAGCCAGCCAGCCAUUAUUGGUAGUCCACAAGUAAAUGGUGAAAUAGACUUACUGGCAAGUGGCUCUGUAACAGAAUCAGAAAGUUGUGGAAGCUUAAAUGAAGUCUUUCUACCAUUGGCUGAGCAUAUAGAGUCUCCAGACAAUGACCAGAGGAUUGAAGUGUCUGCUGAGAAUGGUUGUGAAAAUGAUCUUCCCUCUAAGGUGUCUUUGCCAUCAGGUCAUAAUAGAAAACGUGGACAUUGCAACAGACUUUCUAGUCCUGUUUCUAAGAAAUGUAGAAGCAGUAUUCCGAGUACCAGUGGAGAUGUUGUUAGGCAAACAGUGCUCCUAGAAAACAUUGCGUUGCUUGACUGUUCCCCACCAGCUUCAAGCACACUUAAAGUUGAUGACACAUUAAGGAGGGAAAAUGAUACCAUAUCAGAUGAUUCCAUUAGCCUUUCGCCAUAUACACUACCUUCUACAUUGAAUAGUUCCAGUUACAGACGACUGAUGUCCAGCCCCUCUGCAAUGAAGCUGUCCCCCCAUGGCUUUGUGGCCCAGAAAAGAAAUCACAGAGGAGAAACUUUACUUCAUAUUGCUUCUAUUAAGGGUGAUGUACCAUUUGUAGAUUACCUCUUGCAAAAUGGAAGUGACCCGAAUGUUAAGGACAAUGCUGGAUGGACACCAUUGCAUGAAGCCUGCAAUCAUGGGCACCUGAAGGUAGCAGAAUUGCUGCUCCAGCAUAAGGCCUUGGUGAACACCACAGGCUACCAGAAUGACUCACCACUUCAUGAUGCAGCCAGGAACGAGCACCUGGAUAUAGUGAAGCUCUUGCUGUCCUGCGGAGCCUCCAGGAAUGCUGUUAACAUAUUUGGUCUGCGGCCCGUGGAUUGUACAGACAAUGAAAAUGUGAAAUCACUGUUGCUGCUACCAGAGAAGAAUCAAUCAUCCUCAACUGGUCAUUGUUCAGUAGAGAAUACUGGGCAACGUAGAGAUAGACUUCUUGUGCUUAUAGGCAGUGGGCUUUCUUCAGAACAACAGAAAAUGCUUGGGGAGCUGGCAGCCAUGAUUAAAGCUAAGAAAUGCACCGAGUUUGACAGUACAGUAACUCAUGUCAUUAUUCCUGGUCAUGAAGCUCAGAGUACUCUCAAGUGUAUGCUCGGGAUUCUCAAUGGAUGCUGGAUCCUGAAGUUUGACUGGGUGAAAGCAUGUCUACAAAGAAAAGUCUGUGACCAGGAAGAAAAAUACGAAAUUCCUGAAGGUCCAUGGAGAAGCAGGCUCAACAGAGAACAGCUGUUGCCUAAGCUGUUUGAUGGAUGCUACUUCUAUUUUGGGGGACCCUUCAAACAUCAUCCAAAGGACAAUCUCAUUAGGCUGGUAGCUGCAGCAGGGGGCCAGGUCCUCAGUAGAAAGCCCAAGCCAGACAGUGACGUGACUCAGACCAUCAAUACAGUCGCAUAUCAUGCCAAACCCGAUUCGGAUCAGCGCUUCUGCACACAGUAUAUCAUCUAUGAAGAUUUAUCUAAUUAUCGCCCAGAAAGGGUUCGGCAGGGUAAAGUCUGGAUGGCUCCUUCCAGCUGGUUCAUAAACUGUGUGAUGUCCUUCGAGUUGCUUCCUCUUGACAGCUGAAUUUUAUAUCAGAUACACAUUUUAAAUUGAACUUGCACAGUUUGUGAGAAUUCAGCCAUUGCAUUUUGUUAUUCACGUUUUCACAGAUAGGUAGUCAUUCACAUGUUUUUCUUUGUAUUGGAAAAAAUUUAUGCCAGAUGAGGAAUGCAUUCAGCAUUUCUCAUUUAGGUGCUAGGACUGCUUUUAAUAGUUUUUCUAUGGUGGGGUUGCGGGUACAGGUCAGUGGUGGAGCACCUGCUCAGCACGUACAAGGUCCUAGAUUUGAUCCGUGGCACUGCAAAAAUGAUUUUUUCCUCUUAAAAAUGAUCUGUGUUCUUUUUUUAUUUCAUAGUGUCCUUUUAUUCCAAUUAUCAGCUAUCAAAGAUUAAUGAUAGGCUAUCAGAACUGUUCAUUAAAUCUGUAAAUGAUACUGUUACUAUUUAAACUUUUACUGUUCUUUCAUGAAAAAUGUCCAUUCCUGCCCCCAGCAACAAUACUUGCCAUACUUGUCAUCCUGUAGUAAACAGAGAAUGUUGUUGAAUUACUGUUCUGACUUUAUU